CUUUCCCCGCCCCGCGGCAUUCCUGGGAACAUAAAUAGUGCCCUCCCCCCGCCGGAGUGGGGUGCAGGGGUGGCAGGGAGGGCAGCAAAGCGGCUAUGAGCGAUAGGAAAUCACCCGCGAGUUCCUGCAGGAAGAUGCUAAGCCCCCGGGGCGGAGGGGCGGCUGAGGAAGGUCUGCGGAUUUGUGUCAAGACUCACAGCGGCGCACUCGCGGCGAGAAUUGGAGGAGGAAGAGACAGCAAGAAUCAGACUAGAAAAACAAUCAGGAAAAAAUUUUCAUCAUGGCAAAUAUCCACCAAGAAAACGAAGAAAUGGAGCAGCCCAUGCAGAAUGGAGAGGAAGGCCGCCCUUUGGGAGGGGGCGAAGGCCACCAGCCAGCAGGAAAUAAUAGACGGGGACAGGCUCGCCGACUUGCCCCUAAUUUCCGAUGGGCCAUACCCAAUAGGCAGGUCAAUGAUGGGUUGGGUGGAGAUGGAGAUGAUAUGGAAAUGUUCAUGGAGGAGAUGAGAGAAAUCAGGAGAAAACUUAGGGAGCUGCAGCUGAGGAAUUGUCUACGUAUCCUUAUGGGAGAGCUGUCUAAUCACCAUGACCAUCAUGAUGAAUUUUGCCUUAUGCCUUGACUCCUGCCAUUUUUCAUGAGAUUAAUACUGUGAUUCCCACUGUUUUCUUUUUCCUUGGCAUUUUCCUGAUAUGCCUUUACUAAUCUGUUUGCUGUGAACCCUAUGUAAUUUCCAUGUGUCGGGUGGGUUCUGUGUAACCAGCUUCUCUUUGGAGAUUGUCUUGGUACCCAGUCUUAAGUUUCUGUCAACAGUAGAAUUUUUUCCAUCUGCAUGGAAAAAUGUAAAGUUAAUAAAGCAAUUAAAAGUCAAUCUAUACCUUUUAUUGUUUCACUAGAAAACACAUAAUAUGAACCCCCCCAAAAAAUCUGAACUCAAAUACCCCACAAUGUUAAUUGGGUCAAAUUUCUAUGGUUGGAUGCUAUGUGAUUUUUUCCCCUUUUAUCUGGACUUUAGAAGCAAUGGAAACAAUUUUUCAAUGAGUUUGUGAAUGUAGUACAGGUAUAUAAUAAUUACUGGUUUAACAAACUUGAAGAUUUUAAGUAUCUUUCCUUCUUCACUAGAAUAAACACUCCAUUACAGAUAA